AUGGACGUCUUCCAAGCCUACACAUACUCGACGGCAGGAUGGCUUUCGUUACAGAGUCUGGCUUUGAUCACAAGCCCCAGCAUGAUUGUAGCCUUGUUGUUGGAUGAGACUCGACCUGCGUCAUCCAUCGAGAUCUACCUUGCCCGGUGCUUAGGCUUCAGUCUCCUCACCAUUGCCAUCUUGACCGUGAUGCUGACCGGUUCCAUUCCGCUCACUUCCUCGAUUUCAGAGCCCGUCACAACCGAGGACUCGGAUCCGAAAGCGCCCUAUGCCCUUCCAACUCUCAUGGUGACUUCAAUUUUCCAUUCAGCCUCUGCCUUCUACGCGUACACCAGAUAUGUCACUACAGGGCAGGGGUCUUUUGCGAUUGCAGUGGCCGGAGGCUCUCUUUUUGCAUCUAUCGGUCUUUGGUGUGUGCUUUUCGCAAGCAGCAACGGCAAGAUUAGCCGCAGAACGGGCGCCGACAAGAGGACUACCGGGUUUCCUUUUGCUAACUCGGAGGCUGCUAAGAAGCACGCCGGCAAAAAAACUCUUUAA